GACGACGGCGAUAAUCUACUACCCUAUCUCAUCCCCAUCAUCGCUGUCAUCGGUCUCAUAUCCAUGCUCCACUGCUGCUGCGUCCGUUGGAACGCUCGCCGCGCCUCCCUUGAGCCGUGGUGCAACCAAACCCGCCGCGAAGAGCGCCGCCGACGACGUGCCGCGAGGUGUGCUCGUGCGGCGGAACGUCGGGCUGCCGUAAAGGCCUCCGUACGCCGCUUUUUCCGCCGCGUCUUCUGCCGCGCCGGCCUCGAAGACGAAGAGAAAGAAGCGGAGAGACAGCGGGUGCUCGAGGACGGUCACGUGCCCGGCGCGCCGACCUGGCGCUGGGUGCCGAUCAGUCGCCCUGGCCAGUUCAACCAGGUCAACGCCCCUCCCGCGGAGCUUUUUUCCGUAGGCAGCGGCGUGGACGAGGAGGAGGAGGAGGAGGACCACCGUCAUGUGCUUGACCGCCCGCGAAGCAUACGGGAUAGCGAAAGCAUUACGCUGGUGGGUACGGAAGGGUCCGAGUCGGGCAGAGAUUCGUACGAGGAGGGGGAGGAUGACGCCGACGACGAGAAGGGCCACAGUCUGCCCGAGAGCGAUGACGGAGCGAGUGAAAGUGGGAGCGAGAGCAGCGUGUCGGACAUGAGCACGACGAUGGAGGUGGACCUGGCGCGGUUCCGGGCGGUGACGGUGGUGGUGAGCAACAUGGUGGCGGCGGGGGAAGGGAUGAUGCGAAUGCGCGAACGGGAGCGAGAGCAGCAAGAUGCACAAUCGCGGAACGGGUGGAGCCGGCCGUUGAGCCCCGCGAGCUCGCUGCCGGGGUAUACCAGCGACGAUGGGCUACCCCCGGCCUACGCUGAUACAACCCAUCAUGGCGCGGCGGCUGAGUUGCCCGACGCGGUCAUCUCCAACGGGUUUCGGUAUGUACCUGGAGGUGUUUGGAGCCCGCGGCCGUAGAGAGGGAUGUCGGUGAGAACUGAUUAAUUUACGGAGUGUGGAUGUGAGGGAUAUAUAGCUGGCGAUCUUUUGUAUUAUAUUUUCUUUUCCUUUUUCCCUUCUUCUUGGCUUGGACUUGGACGACAUGGAAAAUUGGGGUAUAUAUGGCCGAUUCUCCCCUGGUCACGCAUACAGACUAUAUCUAGGUAGUAUCUACUAUCUUAAGGUACCUGAGUAUAUAUACUAAAGCUAGCCCACCUGUUUUUCUCGCCACUUUUUAUAAGGUAGCCUG